AAUCAUUUUUGUGUAGAAGAGAAGGUGCCUGCCUGCUGGUGCCAUCCAGUUCCCAUCCCACCUAUCAUCUUCUUCAUCCCUCGCUCCCUCUUUCCCCUUCCCCGUCAAUACUCUCUGUUUCCUCUCUCUUUCUUUCUCUUCUCCCUCAAAUUACAUAUCUUCGGUUUAUGAAGCCUUGAUUGUUAAUAAACUUUGGUGGAUUUACAUCAUCGAUUUAGUUUCUUCUCUCUGCAACUCGACGUGUCCUUUUGGUCUUCCUUCUUGUUUUCUUCUCGUUUUUUUUUAUACCAUGAGGAGAGGGAGAGGAGCAGCCGCUGCUUCUGCCGUCGCCGCCGCUGCGGCCGCGAAGCCUGUGACGGACCAGAACGGAUCUGUGAAAGAACCAAGAUACAGAGGCGUCCGCAAGAGACCGUGGGGGAGGUUCGCCGCCGAGAUCAGAGACCCGUGGAAAAAAACGCGGGUCUGGCUCGGCACAUUCGACUCCGCAGAGGACGCGGCGCGUGCAUACGACGCGGCGGCUCGGAGUCUCCGAGGACCCAAGGCGAAAACCAACUUCCCCAUCGGUUGCGGCUCUCGACAUCCUUGUUCUUUCCCUUACCCAUCUCCUCACAACAAUAAUAACAACAACAACGACAACAACCAUGGCGAUCCCUUCAUGGAUCACAGAUUAUACGGCGCCGGAAGUUUCCCGGAGCACCAGAUUGUUAAUCCCCAGAGACCCACGACAAGCAGCAUGAGCAGCACCGUGGAGUCUUUCAGUGGGCCCAGGCCUCCGUCUUCCGCGGCGAAUCAUCAGGCGACGACGACGGCGGGGAGGAGGUACCCGAGAACGCCACCCGUGGUGCCGGAGGAUUGCCACAGCGACUGUGACUCGUCAUCUUCGGUGGUCGACGACGGAGACGAUAUCGCGUCAUCUUCUUGCCGGAAACAACCUUUGCCUUUCGAUCUCAACUUCCCGCCGUUGGAUGACUUCGCCGGUGAUGAUCUCCAGUGCACCGCUUUAUGUCUCUGAUGGAUGAUGAUGUUGUUUUUGUUGUUGUCAUGAUAUUAUUGAUGAUGAUGAUGAUCUAUGAUUCAAUCUUUUUUUUUACUUGAGAUUUUUUUGUUAUCUUCUUUUUCUUUUAUAUGCGGGAAAAAGAAAGAAAAAACUGAAAGAUUAUCAGAUGAGAUUGAGAUGAAAUCGUCUGCAAUCUACGAACAUGAUCCUUCCCAGCUGCCACCCUCAUGGGGGGCUCUGGUUCAAGAGCGUUUCUUACUAUGUUCUUACUGUUGUACCAUGACGAUAAUAUGUUGAUGAUGACGAUGAUGGAUUAGGGUUUGUGUAUGCUAUGAGAUGAGAUCUGGGUUUUCUUUAACUUCUUGUUAUAAAUCAUCCCUGUAAAAAAAUCUAAAUCAAUGAUAGUUCUAAAUCUCCAUUUCUUCCUCAAAACUUUCA